AUGUUGGAAAUUUAUGAGGCCGAUGAAAAUGGCUAUUACUUGGGUUUGCCGUGUUCGAUUGGGAGAAAUAAGAAUGUUAUCCUUGGUUUUCUUAAGGAUAAGCUUCAGAAGAGAAUUCAAGGGUGGAAAGGGCGUAUCUUAUCUCGUGCGAGAAAGGAGGUAUUGUUGAAAUUUGUUGCUCAAUUCUUGCCAAGUUAUGCUAUGAAUGUUUUCCUCUUGUCGUCAGACACUUGCAAGGAGUUAGAGUGGCUUAUGGCCAAGUUCUGGUGGCACUCAGAUUCAAGUAGCGGUAAGGGUAUUAAUUGGAUGAGCUGGGAGCGGUUGUGUCACCAUAAACAUGCAGGGGGAUUGGGAUUUCGAAUCUUGAGAGACUUUAAUUUGGCUCUUUUAGGGAAGCUAUAUUGGCGUUUGUUGGUUAAUACUGAUUCUUUGGUUAGUAGGCUUUAUAAGGCUAAAUAUUAUGCUACUGGUAAUCUGUUUUCAGCUGUAUUGGGAGACAAUCCUAGUUUCAUUUGGCGUAGUAUUCUUGAAGCAAAAGAUCUUAUCCACGCCUGUGCUCAAAGAACAAUUGCUAAUGGGAAAAAUGUCUCCAUUCUUAAUGAUCCUUGGCUUCCACAUAAUUCAAACAACUAUGUUGUCUCACGGCACCCUACUCUUGUGAAUAAGUCGGUCAGCUGCCUCUUUCAAGUCGGUACUCACGCGUGGGAUGAGGAUGUUGUGAGGGACCUGUUUGUUGCCCAUGAUCAGGACCUUAUUUUGUCCAUUCAACUUAGUGAUUCGGCCGCUAAUGAUGGUUGGAGUUAG